UGGUUAGCACAGCUAUCUACGGGUCCUCUGGAAAGUGUGACGCAUCCUAUGCGUCGUCGCGGACAGCGCGAUUUCGGCCCAACGCAUUGACAUCACCGAAUGAUCAUAGCUCUCUCUAUACGUGAUCUUGGUCCCAGGGCGCGAGAGCGAGUGCAGCGUAUGAACGAGGCAUGUAUCUGCGCUUCAUUGUCAGGCGCGAGAAUGCGCGUGCAUAGCGAUAACUUGCAUCGCAAGUAUCUAACAGCACAGAUACGGCUGCCAGAAAGCACUAAAGCAUGAAAAUGGGAAGCCAUCUCGGCCGGCCGGCCGAGAUCACGAAGAUGACGAGAAGCCGUAUCCAUGCAUAUCGUCUAUCGCAAAGAUACACAGCUGCGAGCGUGAUAGCGACGCCGACCUCGCUCCACCCACGCCCCACCCACCACGACCAACAUAACGAAGCGAAGCGCUAAGUACUCCGGCUACGUUCAGAGCUUGGAUAGCUGGGCUCAGGGGCUAAGUUGCGUAUCUAUAUAUAUAACUAGGCUCCUCAGAGGCAUAGGAGGCAAAAGACAUGACACCAGGUCGGGAUGGGCCGGCGUGUAGUAAUCAACUCUGUCCUCGCUCACGCUUCAAUGCAGGGGCGGGACGUCAACUCCGCAACCAACAUCCGGCACGCGCUGGUGGAAAUGCUGCUGGGGCACAAGCGACCUGCAUCACUACAGCCUGGCGGCGGCGGCGGCGGCGGCGGCGGCGGCGGCAGCGGCGGCGGCGGCAGCGGCAGCGGCGGCGGCGGCAGCGGCGGCGGCGGCGGCGGCAGCGGCGGCGGCGGCAGCGGCAGCGGCGGCGGCGCGUGCGCGCAUCUUGGUAGCGGAGGGGGCGGGAAAGGCCACGUGGAGGAGGAGAGCGCAGCGCCACCCAAGAAGCGGCGCAAGCGCGCAGGCUGAGGAGCCGGCUGGCGGUGUCUAGGUAGCAGUCCUCGGUGGGGCUGGCAGGGGGCAUGCGUUGCGGCAUGACAAGUAGUGCGGCUGUUGACAACUGUGCUACGUCUGGCUGCGGUUGGCUCUGCUGUGGCAUCGUGAUUGCUAGGCACCCAGUUUGGCUAUGUGCCUGUGGAAACCGACCCCGGCUAUGUCCGGGCGAUGAGGUUGUUCGGCCUCAGACUGUGGAGGGGCUCAGCCCCUUUUCCCGUGACCGGGGAACACUUGUCAUACCAGGACAAACACGGCAACUGCAUACAAUCCAGUGCAAGUGCCCCCUGAAAGCUCAGUGAAGGCUGAACGCCCUGAGCCCUAGCAAUCUGUAACACGCGAGUGAG